UCAGUUUGCAGUCAGAUCUAUUGACAGCAGUUAAUCAUUUGUCUCUGUGUGUUUGAUGAAACUUUGAUCAGAGAAGAUCUGAACUAAGACCAGUAGAAGAUCUCCAAUAUGAAGCUUCUCAUUCUGCUUCUCUUUACAGGUUUACUUUUGCAGGCUGCCGGUCAAGAGAAUGAUUCAGAGCAAGGCAGCUCACAACGCCGAAACCCAGCCCUCCCUCCUCAGAGGCCGAUUGAUCCAAACCUGGAUCAAAAACUUCAGUCAGAAAACUCAUCUUUAAUCCCUUCACUUGUUCUAAAGCCCGGCCAGAAUGAAAAACUUCAGCCAGAAAACUCAUCUUUAAUCCCUUCACUUGUUCCAAAACCCGGCCAGAAUGAGGCACCUGUUCCAGAAACAACAAAACCCAAAAAUGAGUCAAAACCAAUAAAUGUGAACCCUGAACCAAAUAUAAAUAAAAAUGCCAGCUCAAAAUCCAAAGAAAAGCCCAAACCCCCGAAUUACCUGGGCCCACAACAGUGUCUGGAUCGGAAUUAUACUCACUUGUCCUGCGCUAAAGUCUUCUGUCCUCCAUGGAUGCGAUGUCUGUCAGGUGAAUGUGUUUGUAAGAUUCCCUACAAGUGUCCGAGGCAGACGGAUCGUGCGUGUGGACUGGACGGCUCUUCCUAUUCCUCCAUGUGUCAGGCUAAAGCAAUCUCCUGCAGAUCUAAACAACCCACAUUUUCACACUUCAGCCCCUCCUGUUCUAUGGAAGACAGCGUCCGAGUAAAUCUGAAAAAUUCCACAUCUGGUCAAGUGAUCGAGAUCAACACUAUGAAGGGGAAAAUGUUGGUAUGUGUAAAAUACUGGAAUAUGGCCGCAGCGAAUGUCGUCUGCCGAAACACAGACCCCAGAGGAGCAGAGGCGGCCACCAAAAUCAGAUUCGAUUCUCUUGAUCAGAAUUUAAACUGGCCAUCACAGUGUGUCAGCGUUCAGUGCCGCGGAUCUGAGCUCUCAUUGGCUGAAUGCACCAUCUCUAAUCCACAGACAUUAAAAAAAAAUUCAGAAGUGGCCGUCUCAAACUGCUAUAAAGAACGAGCAGGAGGUAAAUGUGAGUUUUCCUGUGUAAACCGAAAGUGUGUCCCUUACGCAAGAACCUGUGAUGGUGUCGAUGACUGUGGGGACAACAGUGAUGAGAUGUGCUGUCAAAAGUGUAAAAAAAACCCACCUUCGUUUCACUGCUCUUCGGGUGUUUGUAUUCCUGCUCACGCAGUUAAUGAUGGAAUCAGAGAUUGUUUAGGAGGAGAAGAUGAAAGUCCAGAAAACCAGAAACAAGAUGACUUGAUGACUGAUCAAAAGUCAGAAGAAAAGAAACAAGAUGACUUGUUGACUGAUCCAAAGUCAGAGAUCAGAACUAUUCGGACGGCUUCAGAGAGUCAGCUGCAGUGUGGCGUUCCCAACAUGGAUUAUAUCUACAGACCAGAAGACACCACAAAUCAUCAACGAAAGAAGCGUUUAGUAGGAGGAGAAGAGGCGUUACCGACUCAAAUCCAGUGGCAGGUGGCUGUACAGGACGAAGGUUCGAUUCACUGUGGAGGAGCUUACCUGGGUGGAUGUUGGGUUCUGACCGCCGCCCACUGUGUCAGACCCAAACCGAAGUCCUUCCGAAUUAAAAUCUCUCUGUGGAAGAAACAUCAGAGGCAGUCCACGACCGACAGCAUCCCUGUGAAGAACAUCAUCAUUCAUCAUCAGUACAACGCUCAAACCUAUGAGAAUGACAUUGCAUUGAUUCAGAUGGAGGAGUUGAAUCUGUCAGACAAAUGCAUGGAGGAUAAUCCGGCGGUCCGACCCGUCUGUGUGCCCUGGUCGACAGAACAGUUUCAACCCAAACACACGUGCACAAUCUCCGGCUGGGGUCGCAACAGAGAGGGAAUGUCAACAUCUAUUUUAAAAUGGGCCAAUGUGACGAUCAUCAGCGACUGUGAGAGUUAUUACAGCAAACGCUUCCGUCCUGGAAUGGAGUGUGCAGGUGAUCUUGAGGGGAACGUGGACUCGUGUCAGGGUGACUCCGGUGGGCCGCUGGUGUGUAAAGACGCUCUCGGUGUGUCGUAUGUAUGGGGUAUAGUGAGCUGGGGAGAUAAAUGUGGUGAACCCAAUCAUCCUGGAGUUUACACUAAAGUGGCUCACUACUUCGAAUGGAUCCGAUUUCACACAGGCUGGCCAGCGGUUACCAGAUUUAACCAGUAAACACAUCUGUAUGCUUUCAUCAUAACUGCUUGUGUGUUUAUGUGAUGUGUUUAUUAAAGCUUAUGGUUCUCUUGCUAUUAAAUUGGAGAUGAAGAUUUAUCAUGCAAUAUAAAAACAUCUGAUGUUA